AUGACAGAUAAAGAUAUUCCAGAUGAAUGGGAUACAAUUUCAGAAGAUCAAAUUAAAAAUAAUUUAUUAACAUUAGAGAUUAGUAAUAAAUUAAAAGAAUUGAAAUUAUUAGAAGAAGAAUAUGAGAAAUUAGAAGAAAAAGAAAAAGAAAUUGAAAAUAAAGAAUUAAAUAAAACAGAUAACAAAAUUAAAGAAUUUAUAAAAAAUGAGAUUAAAAAAGGUGGUGAAGAAAUUAAUAAAGAGCAAGAACAAGAUGGAGAAGAAGAAGAGCCAUUAUUAUUAAUUAAUUUCACUAAAUGGUCAUAUAACAAAAUCAAGUAUAUUGGUGGUGGUAAAAUUGAAAAUCAAGAUCUAUUCGACAGAUUAUUAAAUAAAUUAAAUAGUGAAGAGCAAUUCUUUAUCACCAUGACCGACGAUUUAUUAGAGAGAGAGUUAGCAUUUCAUACGACUAAUAAACAAUGGAGAGACGAUAUCAAGCAAUUGGAACAGGCGUAUAAAGGUGAUUAUUUCUCAUUACUAUCAUAUCCUCCAAUGUUGGGUGGAUUCCUUUUGGAGAGUAUUUGGUCCAAGAUUAAAGAGAGAACCGAAUGGAAGAGUGUAAAUAUUCUGAAAUGUAUUUAUUUAGCUAAAACCAAUAGAUCAUUACUCUACAAACAUAAUAUGGCAUUGGCAAUUGAAUUCAUGGCAUUAGAACAAAAGUUAUUAGGUCCAACAGCUAAACGUUUAAAGGAUGAAGAAGAUUUAGAAUAUAAAAUUAAAUUACGUCAAUAUGAAGAAAUCAUGCAAAAACGUUAUGAAAAUGAAAUAAAUGAAGGUAUAAUUAAAAAUUUACAACAAGUUAUCUAUACAAAUGAAGGUAUUUCAAAUAAUUUAAAUAGAAUUAAUAAUAAUAAAAUUAAUGAAAUAAAUGAUGAUUAUAAUAACAAUAAUAAUGAAAAUUAUAGUGGUAGUGAUAAUGAUGAUGGUAGUUAUUGUAGUACUUGUGAUGGUAGUGGUAGUGAUUAUGAUAAUGAUGAAAAUAAUGAUGAUGAAAAUAAUGAUGAAAAUAAUAAUAAUAAUAAUAAUAAUAAUAAUAAUAAUAAUAAUAAUAAUGAUGAAGAUAGAAUGAUUGAAGAAAUUGAAGGCGAUGAUACAACAAGUACAAGUUUUCAGCAAUCUGAUGAUGAUGAAGCAGAUAAUGAAUUAGAUGAAGAAGAUAAUAGAAAAAAUAAAAAAGAGAAAUUAAUUGAAGAAAGAAAGAUAAAAGAGAUUGAAGCAGAAAGAAUUCAUAAAGAGAAUGAAAAGAGAAAAAUUGAAGCACCUCCACCACCAGUAUUAAAUAUUUUAGAUAAAAUCAUUGCAAUGAUAUUUAGUAAAUUAACGGUUGCUCAAUCAAAUAAAGAAUCUCAUUAUCAAAUGUUAAAUAGAUUAGAAUCAUCAAUUAAAGAAACUUGGAUUGAAGAAUUUGGUUGUUUACCUCCAAAUUGUUUAUGGAGAGAGGAACAAUAA